CCAUACGCUACGGGUGCGGUCCAACAACCGCUACAAAUGCUGCGCAGCGUUUCUCCCUCUUGUUCUAUUCCUCGGAUUCGAAUGAAGAAAGAGAAAGAAGUAAAAACGCUACAAAUCAUUUGCAGCGCCCACUGGACCGUAUCCUCUAACUACGACGACGACGACGACGACGACGGGGACAUUACUCGAGCGUCUGUGUAUCUAAAGGAGAGUGGCAGGGAGCCGAAGCAUGAAGCGUGAAGGAGUGGAGAGGAGUGGAGCGGUGAACAGCGGAGAGCAGAGCAUCUGUCAUGGCCGACGCUCGACGCGAGCGUAGUUACGAUCGAGUCGUCGUGUCGGACGAACGUUGCGCGGCGCGUUUACGUCGUCCACUGGUGCCGCAGAAGCCGUGAAGCGCGAGACAUGGGGCGCGAUGCCAAUGGGCAGACGAGCAGCGGGUGCCGACGGAUCGGUAGACGCUAGCGAACUCGCUCUGCUCGUGCCGGAAGACUUAUGUGACGAGAGGAGGUCGGCGACGAUGGAGUCGCGGCCGCGCAGGACCCGCUUGCGUAGCAUCGUCGGGGUAUGCCUGCUGCUGGCGCUCAGCGGAAUCGUCUACCUGGGCUACUUCUGCCCGGAUCAUGUAUGCGCUCUGACCAACCGCGAGAUCAAGGAGUCCGUCAGGUUGUCCGAGGGCCUGCUGUCCCCUGUCGGCCCUGUUGGCUCUGGUCUGUCUUCCGUGUCCAUCGAGCUUGAUAGGAACGGCCUGAUGUCGGUCCAUCCUGCUUUCAAGCUCCAGAGCGUCCAGGGCAGCCUGGGCUACGACGAUGUUUUCGCCAAUGACACCUUUCAGUUUGAUAUCAAUGCUCAUGAUGUCAUGGUGUUCCUACAUAUACAAAAAACUGGUGGGACAUUAUUUGGAAAACAUCUGGUGCGAGACCUAGAUUUGCAAAGACCGUGCUCGUGUCAACGACGACGCAAGCGUUGCUUCUGUUUCCGUCCAAACCGUAACGAAAAUUGGCUGUUCUCACGGUACUCGACCGGCUGGAAGUGCGGUCUGCACGCGGACUGGACCGAGUUAACGAGUUGUGUAGAUACGGAGCUUAAUAAAAUCGAAGGUGAUGGCAUAAGGCGCCGUUACUUUUACAUAACUAUCAUUAGGGAUCCCGUCGCUAGGUAUCUCUCCGAAUUCAGACAUGUGCAAAGAGGUGCUACGUGGAGAGGUGCUCGUCACUGGUGCGGAGGUACUCAAGCAAAUAUACCCCAGUGUUAUACUGGGCCCAGCUGGCAAGGUGUCACCUUAGAACAGUUUAUGGCGUGUUCUUACAAUUUGGCGAAUAAUCGCCAAACUAGAAUGCUAGCAGAUCUAUCAAUAGUUGGCUGUUACAACUCCACUCUCAGCAAUACUGAUAGAGAUCGUCUAAUGCUAGCCAGUGCUAAACACAAUUUGCAGUUCAUGCCUUUCUUCAUGUUGACUGAGUACCAAAAGGUGGGACAGUAUUCGUUUGAAGAAACGUUUGGAAUGCGUUUCGCAGUUGCCUUUGAGCAGCACAAUGCUACACUCAGCGCAGCUACUAUGGCAACUCUCAGCGCGGAGCAAUUGGACGCCGUACGUAGACUCAACAACUUGGACCUGGAACUCUAUGAGUUCGCAAAGAAUCUCGCCUUUCAAAGAUUUAAACGGCUUAGAGAUCGUGAUCCCUACUUCGUACAACGAUUUCAACAUCUUGGUGAAUUACCCUCGAGGCAAAGUGCUACAGAAUUUAAUUGGGAUUCUGUCAUUGAAGAUACUACGGAUAACGAAUGAGGUGUGAGUACAUUACCGACAUAAUCCUUAUCGACACUUCGCAUCCGUCAGCACGCGUUACUCGGGAUCUGAGCAUCUCGGGGAUAUAUUGUAGAAAGUGUUACAAUGAGAUACUUUGCGUAAUCGAUGCGUAGCUGUCUGUGUGAAAUUUACCAAAAGCACAGAAAUGUACAUUCGUUUGCACACCGGUGGCUCGUAAUCGUGAUCAUCUGAUGCGCUCUUAAUAUCAUCGGAAAAAGUGUACGCAACCGUUGUGCAAACAAGUGUACUUGGACAAGACCAAAGAGAGCUCCGAGAACCUUGGUGUGAUUCCUAGGUACUCUGUCAGUAAAUUAAAAGCGUGUAAAAAUGGUUAUUUCAUAAUCACAGAAAUUUUCUAUAAUUCAUGAAACGUUCGCAAACUCUAUGAAGGUUCUUCCAUAUAUAAGUAACAUAUAUUUGCUUCUAAUUAUAUAUGUAGUCAUAAAGUUGAUCAUUUUCUUAUAUGUAUCCAUAUUAACCACAAACUGAGUAAUUGCCAAUACACGCCAAAUAAUGAUUUUCCUCCCAUUAAUUUUUAUAAAUAUUUUUGUCGUUUAAUUAUUUUAUAUUUUUUUUUAUUUACAUAUAUCUAUUUCUGUUCAAUAUAGGGAUUUACACAGGGAUUUAAACGCAGUGUUAUAACAUGUUGAUACAAUUAUAAACUCAUAUUUCUCAAUAAAAAAAAAAGAAAAAUAUAUAUAUAGAACAGCGAUAAUCUUAGAAGAAAGAAAGAUAAGGAAAAUAAUAUUUUGAAGACAAAUUGCAAAUACUAUCCAUUUUUUAUUAUUUUAUAUUUUUUUAUGAAUGCUUAUUUAUGAGUUUUUGAGAAUUUUCAUGAAGUUUGUACUAUCUCUUUAAAAGCUAUAGAUUUAUUACACGUGUAUGUUGAAAACAAUUUUUAUAAUUGAGUUAAUCUAAUUUAAUAAAAUAAUAGAAUUUAUUUCUAAAUGUAAUGCGAAAUUUUAAUAGAUUCUACUAUUAACAAAAAUGUAAGCACAGGCUUUUUUUAGAACAAUUCAACAUACAGAACAAUAAAAUACAAUGCAAUACAAAUUGCAUCAGCAUUGAGUGCAAAUCAGAAGUGCUUGUAAUAAUGAAAUAAUAUUGAAAAAUUGAAUAACUAGCGAUCAGUUUUAUUCAUGUUUGAUGCAUUACUGAAUUUAUAUAGUAUGUAUUAAUCAGAUAUACGUAUAACAAAUGCCACUAAUUAUUGCACAAACAUGCUAAUUAUAUUAAAAGAGAUAAAUCAUUAUUUUGAUUAAAAGAGAAAAAGAGAACAUGCAAGAGAUCUCAAAUUAGUUCGCAGAUCAUCUUUUACGAUGAGAAGCCAAGAAAUAGAGGUAUUAUAUUAAUAUUUCAGGUUUGGUAGAUAUUUCAUGCGUUAUACAAUUUUUUAUAUCAGUAGCACGUUGUAAUUAAAAGGUGCAUAGGUUUUGACUUACUUUUGUAAAUGUAUAUAUCUGAAAGUACAUAUAUAUUUUUUAAUCAAAUUAUUUGCAAUAUAAUUGAAACGAGCUCGCGUUAGUUUUACAAAAACAAUUUGUAUAGUUUAAGUAAUAAGACACUUAUAUAAUAAGCCACAUAGAAAUUGAUGUAUACGUAUAUUUCCGAUGGAAAUUUUCGAGGACAAGGAAAAAGUACUUUUCCAUUAUUGAUCUGAAUAUUGCUCGAGAAAUUGUAAUCAACGGCUCUACUCUAUAUUCGAGAUGUAUAAUACAAAAUACUAUAUUGUUCACUAAUGAUAUUAUUUUGUUCUAGAAGAGUAUUCACGGCAUCACCAGAUAAUUAAAUUGCAUUGUGUGAAAGUCUUACAGGGAUAAUUUUGUAAAUUUUAUUUAUGUUAUUUAAUCACAGGCCUAUAUAGUUUAAUCAAACGACAGCAUAAUGCAUUAGACAGUGAUCAGUGAUUACAAAGUCAGUCAAGCUAUCUUAAUACGGAUAGUACUCACUCACCAAGCAACGGAAGUUGCAAGUGCAAUAAGACUCGAUGGGUUACCAUUAUAAAUAUCUCAUAUCAUCCAGUCAUAAAAUAUGUGUAAUAUAGCUAUCGUACAGUUAUAUGUAUGUAUGUAUAUACAUACAUAUGUGUAUACAUAGCUAACAACUGAAGUAUAUAAAAGUUGCAAGGGCUCUCUUGAAGAUACAUGCAGAUCUUUUGGACGAAUAAAAAAAAAAAAUAUAUAUAUAUAUAUAUAAAUAUAAGUUUACAUAGAGGAAAUACAGAGUGCCAUAAAUUAUGUAUUUAAAAAACUAACCGUUGAAAAUAAACAAUGUUACGUUCAGCAUAUAGAACUUUCAUUAUGGCAAAUAAUGAUGUGUAAGUUAAUAUGAUAUUAACGAAAUGACAUUGUUUCACAAUGGAAUGAUAUUUAUAUAGUAUAAAUAUGUAAGUGUGUAACACAUUAUUAAUACUAAUUGUUUAAAGCUAAUAUUAAGGACCAAAGAUUUAAUAUGUUUCAGCAAACAUUCAAAGAAUAUAAGGAACUUUUGAUACACAUUAUCAGACAAAAAAAGCUCAUCAUUACGUCGUCGAUAAGCGCAAAAUAUUUAGUUUAAUAUAUAUUCUGUUUAGUUAUCAUUGUCUUAUUGUAAUAAAAGGCGCUUAUUUGACUGUGAUUAAGUCUUUUAUCAGAUAAAAGGUAAUUAAUGAGCACAAAAUUUGUUGAUUAGAUUAUAUUACGAUAAUAGAGCCUUUGCAGUUUUUCUUGAAACACAUUUUGAAUUUUGUGCAUUCGGUAAUGUCAAGUGGAAUAUAUUUUCUUUCACGUGUACGCGAAACUAAAUUGUUAAAACGUUCACGCGAUCGAUGAUGUAAAAAGGCGCGAAUUUUCGGUAUAUUAGGCAGGACGAGACAUUUAGCUUUAACGUUUACAUACAAUAUUCGUCGUAAGAGAGAAGAACUAUAUGAAGAGAGAUAGUUAAUGAAAUGCCAUGACACACUAGCCUAAUAAAGCGAACAAUAGGCCUAAAGCCGUCGGUACCUUAUUUAAGCCAGUGUACAUACCAUACCAUUAGUUAUCUAAGGAUCAAUAAAUCAUUAUGUAUACAAUGCAUACAUACGUACAUAUAUAUUAUAUAUUACAUGAAUUGUACACACAUAUUUAUGAAUACAUUAUAUCUAUUAUUAUACAAUUAUACAAACAAAAAUAUAUAAUUAUAUUGUAUAAUAGACAGAUCAGAAUAGAGCAGAAUUUAAGUCACA